GCCUGGAGCUCAACUCCAUCACACUGCUGCGUGAACCUCAAUCCCUCCCUCUCCACGAUUUCGAUCCAGCCUUGAGGCACAUUCUCUGAUUUUCUCAUCCUCAGUAGCUGCCAGACUUCAACAUGUCGAGAAGAUACGAUUCACGGACUACCAUCUUCUCGCCAGAGGGGCGUCUCUACCAGGUCGAGUAUGCAUUGGAGGCUAUAUCACACGCUGGUACUGCGCUGGGUAUUCUCGCACAAGAUGGCAUCGUCCUCGCCGCCGAGAGGAAAGUGACGAGCAAGCUGCUGGAGCAAGAUACAUCAGCAGAGAAGCUCUAUAUUCUCAACGACAACAUGAUCUGCGCUGUAGCAGGUAUGACAGCUGAUGCGAACAUCCUCAUCAACUACGCCCGCCAAGCCGCCCAACGCUACCUCCUCACCUACAACGAAGACAUCCCCUGCGAACAGCUCGUACGUCGCCUAUGCGAUCUCAAGCAAGGCUACACUCAGCACGGCGGUCUCCGGCCCUUUGGUGUCUCCUUCAUCUACGCUGGUUGGGACCCGCAGCGCCAGUUCCAGCUCUACCAAAGCAAUCCUAGCGGCAAUUAUGGUGGAUGGAAGGCAACGAGUGUAGGCGCCAACAACGCCAGCGCGCAGAGUCUGUUGAAGCAGGACUAUAAGGAAGAAUACGACUUGAAGGAGGCAUGUGGCUUGGCGGUCAAGGUGCUAAGUAAGACGAUGGAUUCCACGAAGCUGAGCAGCGAGAAGAUUGAGUUUGCGACAGUAGGCAGGACUAAGAAUGGCAAGAUCUACCACCAUCUCUGGGGAGCGGAUGAGAUCGAUGCCCUGCUCAAGGAGCACGGCUUGGCGAAGGCGGAGGACACCGAGAUGUCAGAAACGUAAAUUGAGAAACACAAGUUGAUGGAGUCUACAGGAAUGCAUAGGGGUGCUUCGGUAUCUCACUUGAUAGAGUUUGGUCUGUAAUAUACCAUUCAGGUGAG